CUGGCUGGCCGGGUGUGGUGAAUGACCACGGAGCGACGCGUAAACGUGAUUCACACAGUGUGUGCGCCGUGAAGCCGAGAGACCCGUUCCGGCCCACCAGCUCCGUUUCCUCUCGUUCGCUGUUACCCGCCGGUGCAAACGAGACUGUCGAGGAUGUCUUCGCGCAAAACCGCCGGUCGCCGUGCCACCACGAAGAAGCGCGCCCAGCGCGCCACGUCGAAUGUCUUCGCGAUGUUCGACCAGGCGCAGAUCGCCGAGUUCAAGGAGGCGUUCAACAUGAUCGACCAGAAUCACGACGGAUUCAUCGACAAGGAGGAUUUGCACGACAUGCUGGCCUCCUUGGGCAAAAAUCCUACCGACGAGUAUCUGGAGGCGAUGAUGAACGAGGCGCCCGGACCUAUCAAUUUCACCAUGUUCCUGACACUGUUUGGAGAGAGACUACAAGGGACUGACCCUGAAGACGUCAUCAAGAAUGCCUUCGGUUGCUUCGACGAGGAGAACACCGGCCAUAUAAACGAGGAACGCCUGCGCGAGCUGCUUACGACGAUGGGCGACAGAUUCACGGACGACGAUGUAGACGAGAUGUACCGCGAGGCGCCGAUCAAAGGCUCCAUGUUCGACUAUCUGGAGUUCACUCGGAUCCUGAAGCACGGCGCGAAGGACAAGGACGAGCAGUAGGAUUCGCCCGCGAGGGCUGACCGCUUAUCCCGACACGGAAUUUUAGAUGACACUCGAGGUUUCCCGCGCGCCCCUCGCGCCCUUUGACUCUGCGCAGAUACUAUUGUCAUUUUCUGGCUUUAACAAACGAGAGAAUUUAUGUACAAUACGCCGACGCAAUCUACACCGGGAACUGUAGUCUCGCUUGGAAAUUUUUGCCCGCAUUUAUAUUUCUGUCCAACUCAGAGCAAAGAUAUCAACUCAACCGGAUGCAUUUGGAAGUGCGAGGCGCGUGCGGUCGCGCGCGCGUGCGCGCCGUGUAGAACGAAAUUUUCCAAAGUACUCAAGCGUAACGUCUUUUCGAACGAUUGCUGUACAGUCGGUAAAAGUUAAACGUGUAAGAUAUUUAUAUACAUAAAGCACAUGUAACUGUUGUAGAUUUCAGCAUUUAUAUUUUAAUAUAAUAUUCUAUUGCGUACGAAAGAAAA